AUGAUGACCCGUUCCAAAAUUGUCCGGCGGAAUGAGACGACGCUCAAAAAAUACGACCUUCGCCUUGAUAAGGAAUUGGGGUGUCUCUUUUGCGCAAGUUGCACCCAUCUCACCUAUCCCAUAGGCCCCUCGUCGAAGGCAUACUGCCAGCACAGAUUAGACUGGCACGAAGAGGCUAUUCCGGCCGCCGACUGCCAGCCUAUCCAAUCUUCGCUUUGUAAUUUUGGGCUACGGAAUUUGAAGAAGUUACCUCGUGCACCAGAUGGAUCGUCGCCAGUGAAGGGGCUUCCUAUUUUUCAAGCAUUCAAAUGCGUGGAGUGUGAGUUUGCAACGUUACAGGCUGAUAAAGCUCACGCUCACCACCACACGACAGGGCUUAAAUUUUGGCAGAGCUAUAUUCAACCAAAGAGCGACUUCCAGAGACACUCCUGGACGGUGUCUGUUCACGCCAGUCCCCAGUUGGAUAGCAAUACCACAGCUGAGACUCGAUGCUUGCAGUCUGAAGAGGACCUCGGUGAGAAUACUCGAUUGGAACCGGCCACUUACACCACAACCGGUGACGGUUCAUUUGGCUUUGCUCUCGACUGCCUUGUUGAAACCGAAGGAUCUAAAAGCCAGCUUAUCAACUGCCUUCCUCGAGUUAUGAAAGGCGGGUUGAAUGAAUUCGACGUCGUUCAUACAAUCCGAAAGCUGAUUGAUGAAAAGGGUCAGGAUGGCUCAAUUCAUCUUCUUGCACCCUGGGAUUACAGGACCCUCCAUCAGGCCGGCAGUCAGAUUGUUUCGACAGCGGUGCAGUUCGAUUGCCACGACCAUGUGAUAUGCCCGAUUGUCAAAGGUGAACGCUGGUUUGUUCUGGUUGUUUGCACACGCAUAGGCCAUACGCUCUGUCUGGACACCUCGCAUCAAAUGCAGUACGAGCCCGCCUUCUUCCUUGCGAACUAUUUCAAAACAUGCUUUGCAUGUGCCGUGGACAACUUUGUUUGCCCCAAAACGACGCCAAUGGCAGCAAAUGCAUGUGACAGCGGUGUUCUCGUUUUGGGCUUGGUCAAGAAGUUUAUCGACGAUCCAAAAGCCGCUGCACAGGCAGUACUACGCGACGAUGCUAAGUUCGAAUGGAACGCAAAGCCAGUUCAUAUCCGCAGAGCGCUGGUCUACCGCUUGGCCCCGGCAUUUUACGAUGCGUAUGAUGCUAUUGAGGACAUCAAAAACGUUUCUUGGCUCAUUAACCAAUUGGGGAAAGAAUGCAAGCUUGCCGAGAGCAUUGUUGCACUCAGCCAGCACUACCAGGAAUUGGCUCAUCACAUGGCAUCCCUCGCUGGAAGCCUUUUGGUCAUGCGCGAUGACUACUCAGCUGAAUAUGAUGGGCUGGAGCAGCUCCUUUCCAUUGACUCGUUGCCCAUUGGGCUCGUACAUCCAAAGACACCUCAAGCCCUCGAGCUUCAGUCGCUACUUGAGGCUUCUCGAGUUUCCGGCGACGGAACAUGUACUACAACCAAGUCGCAGCAACCGCCUCGAGAUGCAGUUGGCAAUCGCGGCCUCUCCCACAACCAGGGGCCCUCUCUUUCGCAUCAACAUUCUGUGUCCAAUAUGCCACUGGUCUCAUCAGCAAUGGAUACAGUCUUGGAUAAGAAGCCCUGUCCUCAAACAAAACAGACGGUACCAAAAAAGCGCAGUGCUGAGUCUAGCCAGAAGUCAUAUCAGAAGAGAAAGCGUCAACGGCGCGAUAACUCUAAAAUGGAGGCGGUGCCCGCCCGAGUUGCAGCCCAGCCUCACGCAGCUCAGAUCAACCCCAGAACGCUUAUUGCCCCAGCAAGUGUCAAGACGCAAAAGGGGAGAAAACCCCCAGAAGGGAAGGAAAAGACCCGAAAGGGGGAUAUCACAAGGCCUGGCCCGGUUGAAAGUGACACACGAAAAGGUAAAAAGAAGGUGUAA